UAUAGAUAAAGCAAUGCAAUACACUUACUUGUGAAAUGUUAAUCCAGAUUCAUGAGUUUUUGUAUUAUUACAAAAGUAACAGUGUCCCAUUUUAAUUCGUGAAAUUUAAAAAGCAGAAUUUUGUAUUAUUAUAACAAUUAUAUUUUUUUUUCUGCAUUCCUCUCCUAAAUACUCUAACCUACACAACUCUAUAGGAUCCAACCAUAAAUAUCAGUGGAUCCAAUACGCUUGAACACGGUUAAACGCGCAUGCGUGACAACUUUCCUUUAACAUGGCGACCUUCAAUUGGGGACACAAAUGCACGCGCAUCAACUAUCCAUGUAUAUAUAUCAGUGGUAUUUAUGCUAUAACAGGGUGUCUACUCAAAUUUUGUAAAAAUAUUCCCUCAAAAUUCCCUAACCUUCCAGAUAUUUUUAAAAUUCCAGGUAAAGAGAAUAUUAUCAAGAUUUUUGGUACAAUUUUUUGCAGUAACUCACACAACAUGCAUAUCCAAAGGACGGUCAAAGGACAUCUCGAAAAUAUCCCAUCGUUCAAAGAUGUCUUCGGGAUGUCUUUUGGAUAUGCAUGUUGUGUAGGAAGUUUUUUUAUUGUAUGCGUUUUCUAAUGCUUUUUACUCAUAUAUGAAGAAAAAACACGGAGCCACUAAAGUUUCAAGUGUUAAAUUUUCAAAUGUACUCAAAAAACUGGAUAACUUUCGUAAGAUAAACAUUUUUUACUUGCACAACAUUCUCAUUUUUUUAUCAUUGAAAAUUACAGUAAACAAUAUGUAUUGCAUAUUCAAUAUUUUGUUAAGACAUUGAAUAUCUAAAUAGAGCUAAAUAUAUAUAUUUAUAAUAUAUCUUAAAAACGUAUAAAUUCAUAACCUGGCUUAUCGGAUUGCCGAUUACUUACAAUAUAAGAGCAAACUUAUCAGAGAUAUCUUUUUAAAACAUGUUUUCAGAAUUCCAAUAAAAUUCCAUGCAAAUUCCUUGAUUUUUCCAGGUACAAAAAAAUUUCAUGAGGAUUACAGGUUUUCCAUGUUUUUCCAGGGAGUAGACACUCUCUGUGUAAGCAAUUAUUUUUCAAAAAAUAAUUUACUGGAAUGAAAUAAGAUGUAGUAUAUCACAGUAGGGUUUUGAAAUCUGCUUGUUAAAUUAAAAUGUUUGAGAAAUAUAGGCCAAUAUUAAUGACCAGAGGAUCUUUUCACCUUAUUGAUGUGAAAUAUACUAUCAAAAAGUCAUCAAGAGAAGAAUCUGAAAUAGUUAUAGUAGUGGAUUGAGGGAGAAUCGAUCAAGUUGACUUUUCCGCAAUGAUUUCUCACAACACGCAUUCGUAGCCUCGCCCAUAUAGGCCAAUGAUGCAUUACUGUUCAAGUCGCGAUGAGAUUCGAUCGUUCCUUAAUAAGUUAUUCAAAGAUCGACCUUUUCUCCCUCGGUACAAGUUACGAUACGAGUCUACAAGUGCGCACAGUCUACAAUUGCGUUCUGGCUCAGCUUGACGAAGUUCCGGUUGAUACGAUAAUAAUGGAUCGACGAAAGUAAUGAGCUCAUAUAUCAUUGAACAAUGUCCCCCCUUAUAUAUCGACCGGCUGGCACGACGUGCUUCAAUUCGAUUUUCGCCGAUAGACAUGGUCUCCGUCUUCUUCCUCGCGUGGAUCCUAAAUUCAGUUGACGCCUUUAAUGACUUUCCGUCGCUGAUAUCCGCCAAUGCCUCAAUGGCGGUCGUUAUCGAGAAAAGCGUCUUUGACAAUAAAGCCGACUAUCACGAUGUUGUAAGAAACAUUUACAAUUUCAUCGCGAACAUCACGAGAGAAGAGAUGCAUACGGCUGACGUCGACAUACACGUCUUUCGCGAUACGAAGAUAGACAACUUUCGAGAUUAUACAGUGCUUCUAUCCGUGGCAACCUGUCAUAAAACGUGGAGUCUACACAAUGUAGCGCGUAAGGACGAAAUCGUGCAUUUAGCGAUAACAGAGCAAGAUUGUCCACGGUUACCCGAUUCGGAAGGUGUGAGCGUUCCCUUGAUAUCGCCAGGCAAAGAAUUGUCCCAGAUCUUCUACGAUAUUAGGAUGGCCGACGCUUUGCUCUGGAACAACGUCAACAUAUUACACGAUGAUACUUUCGAUAGAGACGUAGUCAACCGAGUUACAAGAGCUAUAUCGAUCUCAUUGCCAAACAAGAGAUUUAAUCUGGUCUCCAGGUCGCUGUUUGCGUUUAAACACGGUGAUUCUAAGCGUAAGAGAAGAUAUUACAUAAAAGACAUACUUCAGAAUUUUCACGUGGACCGAUUGGGAAAAUGCUUCCUCGUAAUCGUCACGAUAGACGCAGCGACCGACAUUAUGGAAGCUGCAAAGAUGUUGAAUAUGGUUCAACCUGACAGUCAAUGGUUAUAUAUCAUUACUGAUACUGUAAUAGGAAACUCUACAAAUAUUACCACUUUCAUCGACCUAUUGUCGGAAGGUAGUAAUGUGGCUUUCAUUUAUAACGCGACGGACAGCAAUACAUAUUGCAAUAACAGUUUAAUGUGUCAUAUCCAAGAGUUAAUUGUGGCUUUGGCUAAUGCUUUGAAAUUAUCGUUGAUGACCGAAAUAGAAUUAUACAACCACGUGAGCGAUGAGGAAUUCGAAAUCGUCCGAUUGAACAAGCGCGAAAGACAUCGGGAGAUUCUUAAACAUAUCAAGAUAAAACUUGUUCAAGAUACUUUCGCCACGGGCGGCACUUGCGGUAGAUGUUUGUUUUGGCGAUUCGCCUCGGCCAUAACAUGGGGCAACUUCUUCGCCCGCGGCAAGAACAACGCGCAUUUGAUAGAUUCGGGAUCGUGGUUUCUCACUCUCGGUAUCAAUCUGACAGACGUCAUCUUUCCUCAUGUCGCGCACGGAUUUCGAGGAAUCAAUUUACCGAUCGCUACAUAUCAUAAUCCACCGUGGCAAACCAUCUCGUUGACCAACUCCGGUGAAAAAGAAUACGGCGGACUGGUUUUCGAUGUCGUCAAAUACUUGGGGAAAAAAAUGAACUUUACGUACUCCGUGCUCAGUUCACAGAGCAAUCGGACCAUCAAGUUUACUCAGAACAAAACUAAAACCGACAUGACAUAUAGUUUCCUGACUGCGAAACCGGGUCAACUUUCUAGAGCGUUGCUGUUCACUGCGCCCUUCGCCAAGGAGACAUGGGCCUGCCUGGCAGCAUCCAUUAUUAUAAUGGGUCCGACGUUAUACCUGAUUCAUAAGUACAGUCCGUGCAGCACGAAGAUAUCAGGGCUCAACUCCUCCUGGCAAUGUAUAUGGUAUGUCUACGGUGCUCUUCUUCAGCAAGGGGGAAUGUACUUACCCCAUUUCGAUAGCGCUCGCUGGCUGAUCGCCAUUUGGUGGCUGGUUGUGAUGGUCUUGGUAGCGACUUACUCCGGAAGUUUGGUCGCAUUUCUGACAUUCCCAAAUAUGGACACUGCCAUCUUGACCUUGGAUGCUCUCCUCGCUAAUAAAAACAGAUUAACCUGGGGCUUUCCUAACAGCAGUUAUUUGGAGGAGUAUCUGAAAAAUGCAGAGGAGGAGAAGUAUCAUAUUCUGCUGAAGCGAGCCAUAAUUCAUAACGCGACGCAAGAAAUGGAAAUUAUCGAGAAGGUAAAGGCGGGAAAGCAUGCCUUAAUCGACUGGAGAAGCACAUUGAGAUUCUUGAUGAGGAGCGAUAUGUUAACAACUGGGGGAUGUUCCUUUUCCUUGAGCACUGACGAAUUUAUGGACGAACCCAUAGCAAUGAUCAUUGCACAAGACAGCCCUUAUAUAAAUAUCAUUAAUGCGGAAUUACAUCGCAUGCACGAGUCUGGAUUGAUGAACAAAUGGGUAACGGAGCAAAUACCGACGAAAGACAAAUGCUCGGACAUCUCCGCCAAUCAAGGCGUAAACGAACGUAAAGUAAAUGUGGCGGAUAUGCAAGGCAUAUUUUUCGUUCUUUUCAUGGGCGUGACCGGAUCGAUAUUUCUCCUGUGCUGCGAGUUUUACUGGCACAAACGCCAAGUAGCGAAGCGACGCAAAUUGAUUCAACCUUUUCUCUCCUGAGUUUGAUCCAGCAUAGAAAUUAGAUUAUAAACGCAAUCUAUCUCCUUCCAAGCAGCCUUGCCGCGUUCGUAGAACUUCUAUAAUGUAAUUUGAUAAUAAUUAUUUAUAUCGCUUAUCCUAGAGUUAAAAUUACAGGGACCGUUCUCGCAUGCGUAUACUGAUUCUCAUACGA